CCUGUCCACACAGGUCGGGUUUUUGAGGAGAAGGGCUGACCGCGCGUACCCCUGAGUCGCAGGAGCGGGUUUGAAGAGGUUUCCAGAGUCAUGUCUUCAGUUUGGAGGACUCCCCGUGGAUCAGACGCAAUGCCUGAGAUGGUGGUGAAAAUCGUAGGAAGUAAACACUUUCGAUACCUUGUGGAGAGGCCAAAGAUUAAAGAAGAUGAGAACUUGAAGGCAGAAACUCAAAUAGUGCUCCAGAAAUCAGUGACUGAUGCAAGGCAGACAAGCAAAGACCCCCCAGUUCCUGCUAAUCCCACCGAUCAUCAAAUCAAUCUUGACCCAGAUGAUGUGGAAGAGAACAAGCAUCCAGAGAGCCACCAGAAACCAGAGGACAACCAGAAACUCAGCUGCAGACUUCUGGAUAACAAAAUUCCCAAUCAGGCAAACAUCUACUGCAGCUCUGUACCGACUGGAGACCAGUCCCUGUCCUAUAUCCAUGGCCUUCCCAGGAGAAACCUUAGAGACUGGUCCUUAGAACAGAUGGCAAGGGACAGUUCUGACCAACCCAAGGAUAUUGGCCAGAGGCCAAGUGGACCAAUAAAAGAAGACAUUUUUCUUAUUGCCCUGGUAAGAAGAGAACUCAAGUCACACCCUUUGAGUCCUGGCUUAUUAGACAAGCUUCAGGAAGAGCUUAAGAUCCUGGAUCCUGUGUCUUCAGGAUUUCUCCUCCAGUCUCAGCUGACCCACCUCUUCUUGAGGUUUGAAGUCCCUCUGCAGCUGCCAACAGUCAAGAUCCUUUGCCAGAGAUUUUGUGGGAUGGGCUCUCCUGAAAUGGUGAAUUACGAAAAGCUACUCUGGUUUUUAAAAGUCGCCACUUCAGAUGAUCCACAGCAAGACAAAAGCAGUACUGCCCCUCAGGACUCCAGCUCCCAGUCAGAUGUGAACAAGAGCCUGCUGGAGAUCUUGAAGAUGACACUGAGGGCAGCCAAAGGCAAACUCAACAUGGAGAACCUCAACCUGAGUUUUCGUAAAGAAGAUCACUCGUUCUCCGGCUACUUGCCCCCACCCAAGGUCAGGGCUAUUUGUGGGAAACAUGGAUUAUAUUUGACUUUGAGCCUUCUGGAAACAUUGCUUAACCAUCAAGAUCUGGGUUACCAAGGUGAAAUAAAAUGGCAGAAUUUUGUUAAGUUGUUGAGCAGAGCUUCCUCUGAGUUGUCACCUGAUUUACCUACAGGAAAGAAAGGAAAGGAAACCUCUCCUGCUCCAGCGCAACCUGAAGUUCCUGAGGUAUCUCAAGGAAAAACUGAACAUAUGAAAACUCCAGAAGAGGAUUUGCAGCCAGAAAACCCUUCUGCUGAGACAUCAGCUCCCAAAGAUCUCCUGAGCGCUGUGAAGAUCAGGCCAGUCUCACAGCCUUUUGUGAGUCCAGUGAUGAAAAAUGCAUCUGGAGAAUGUGAGAUAUGGAGCGACAGGUUCAGGAGGCUAGAAAAUGCCCUCUACCUGUGUGAUCUGAGUAAUACAGGAGUCGUGGAGAAGGAACGGGCCAGACGCCUCAUUCACAACUACAAUCUCAUUUACAACCUGUCCCUGAGCCCUCGAAAAAUCGACCAAGCCUUGCGGAGAUUCCGUGCGGGAGAAAAUAUGCUUCUGGAGCCAGCGCUUCAGUACUUAAAGGAACUAUGAUAACAAGCCCAUAUUGUGAGAACAGAUGUUCCCUUUAUCUCGCUUUUUACCCAGACACGUGUUUCCCACCCCACCCCCCCACCCCCGCCUGAGUGCAGUGGUGGAGGCACUGUCAGAGCUGAGGCUGAUGCAGCUAUUGUAGACAUUUUGAACUUGGACUUGGUUUCUGGCUAUGAUGCUCGCUCAUAAGCAGCUCAAAGUGAUCUGAGAAAACCAGGUUUUUCUGUUCUGAGGUGGCAAGAACCCAGUUUCUUAAAACAUCCUUCUAUUCUUUUAAAGCUGAUGAUGAAUAUUCCAUGAUUUUUCUCUAUAUUUCUUAUCACAACGUGGUUUUGCAAGCCCUGCAAUUCCAUACUGUUCAAAAGAAGCUAGAUGUUGUCAACUCCCAAAAAUGCCUGUCACAUAGUAGAUCUAAAUAUAUCUUCUUUGGAUAAGUAAGUCUGCCCUUCCUCUAGCCACCAUUCUAGGAAGGAUUUCCAUAUUAUAAGAAAAAGAAAAGUAUUAGAAAUAUAUUAUCUUAAUACUAAUCAGUAGAAGCAGAAUUUUAACUAAGAUUUUCUGAACAAGUCCAAUAUUUUCUCCAAUACAAAACUAGAUAAUGUUAUUCUGUCUUCAGGGAUAUUUUCCCAGAAUAUUUGAUACAAGUUUUCAAGAGAGAUGCCUGGGACAAAGGAUUCUGGAAAUAAGUAACAUCUUUGCUUCCUCUGGCAGGAACAUCAAGUCAGUUACUGGACUCAAUCAUAAGGCCCUGAAGGGCACUGAUUUUCCCUUGCCCCAUCCUUUGUGUCCAACAUCUCAUAGAGCUCCUGCACACAGCCUCAGUACCCACCCACCAACAUACAUAACUGGAGGUGAAUCCAUUGACAUAGAAUGAGGCAUGAAAGCUGUCCUCAAAUACAUGGGACCCUGUAGGUUUCACAUACCCUAUACUCCUGCAGCCCUGGCUGAGGGAAUGCUUCUAUAAGUGGGGUAACCAUGGCCAGAUCUGGAUCCACAGUCACCCCACUAACCACCACCAUCCAUCCUUCAACACAGCAGAAAACCAGCCAGAUCCUAGCUCUGGCACUUGGUAGGUGACAGCUUUGGCAAAUGUUUGAUCUCCCUGAGCUUCUUCAGUUCCUUCAUGUGUGAAACAGGAGUAAUUGUACUUUUCAAGGGAGUGUUAUAAACACUGGAAACCAUGCCAUUUGGACAGUUGCUUGUAUGCAAUAGCUACUGAGCUUUAGGAAAUUUGAACAAUGGUCUGUGUGAAAUGACCUAGGGAGGUAAGGCUACCACUACAGCACAAAGUUUGAGAUAUAUCUGCCUUCUAGAGCCAAAUGCCAAUUGCUCUUGAAUCAUCUACUGUCUGGAGUUCUCCACAGCUUCACCCCAGGAUGUGUGUGGUGUAUGUGUGUAUGAGGAGGUGUUUUGCAUGACUUGCACUUGCUAACAUAAAUACUCAUUAGCUUUACUCUGAGUAAGCAUUUAAAAAAAA